CCCUGAGAAGCACCACUUUGAGCACCGGCAGCAGCAGAUGCUGUUGCUAGAGCGAGUCCCCCUGCCGUGCCUGGCCAUGCCGGUGUGUUUUGUCGCUGGGUUUUGGAGCAGCACCACCCAAAGCCCAGCACGAGCUGGUAGGAAAGCAGCACUCGCCUGGUUAACAGGCGCAGGGAGGAUGUGCUUGCUGCUCGCUGCAAUUGCACAAGCUGAACCCCAGCCAGUUCUUCAGUUCUGAGAAGAAAAACAAAGCCAUGUCCCAGACCAGUUUUCCCUUCAUCGCCAGUUGGCCAGAAGGAGCCCAGAUCCAGUUGCAGCCUGUUCUGACCCCUGGGAAUGGUUCUUGGGAAAGGAAGGACGUGGAUCUGUGUGCGGCGGAGCCCCUCGCUGGUGGGAAGUGGAAUGCAAGGGGCUGCUGCCUGGGAACGCAGAUUCCGGCUGGUGGAAGAAAGGAUGAGGAUGGAGUGGGAACGUGGGGAGGGAGCUGGAGGGAGACUUGUGAGGCACACAGGACGUUAUCCCAGGCAGCGUUGAGCGCCGUGAACCAUCCUGCUCCGGGACACGUUCCCGUGGGCUGCUGCGGUCCAGGCAUCCAUCGGGAUGCCUCGGUCCGAUGCCAGGACGCGCCGGAACGGGGUCACCCGGCCCCAUAGGAGCCCCACGGCUCCCAGCAGCGCGGGGCCAGGCCCGCACAUGCUCCCUGCCUUGUUUUGCAGGGCUCGGCGAGGCCGCCCCGUCCCGCCCCACCGGGGCCGCCCCCGGGCCGCGCCGGGCUCUUAAGGCGGCGGAGGCGGUGCCGGGGCCGGGCUGCGCCGAGGGACGGGCUCUCGCCAUGCUCUUCGAUCGCCUCAAGCGCUUCUCGGUCGUGCUGGAGGGCGCGGAGGGGGACGCCGCGGUCGCGUUCAGCCCCGGGCAGGCGGUGUCGGGCCGCGUGGUGCUGGAGCUGGCGGCGGCGGCGCGGCUCGGCGCCCUGCGGCUACGGGCGAUGGGCGCUGCCCGCGUUCACUGGACCGAGUCCCGCAGCGCCGGCUCCAGCACCGCCUACACGCAGAGCUACAGCGAUCAGGUGGAGUUCCUCAGCCACCGCGACACGCUGCUGGCACCCCCAGACAAUGGUGAAGCCACCGUCCUGCAGGCAGGAAGGCACGAGUUUCCCUUCACCUUCCAGCUCCCCGAGACCCUGGCUACCUCCUUCGAGGGGAAGCACGGCAGCGUGCGCUACUGGGUGAAAGCCAAGCUGCACAGACCCUGGUCAACAGUGAAGAAGGUGAAGAAGGAGUUCACUGUGAUUGAACCCAUCGACAUCAACACUCCCGUGCUGCUGGCUCCCCAGGCAGGUGCUAAGGAGAAACUUGCUCGUGCCUGGUACUGCAACCGUGGCCAGGUUUCUGUGACUGCCAAGAUUGACCGCAAAGGCUACACCCCAGGUGAGGUCAUCCCUAUCUUUGCUGAGAUUGACAACUGCACAAACCGGGUGGUGGUGCCCAAGGCGGCCAUCAUCCAGACUCAGACCUUCAUCGCCCGGGGCACCAAGAAGCAGAAGAAGUCGGUGGUGACCAGCAUCGUCGGGGACUCCAUUGCAGCGGGGAAGCGGGAAGUCUGGCACGGGCGGGCACUGAAGAUCCCACCGGUGGGGCCGUCCAUCCUCCAGUGCCGCAUCAUCCAGGUGGAAUACUCCCUGAAGGUUUGUGUGGAUAUUCCUGGGACAUCCAAGCUGCUCCUUGAGCUGCCACUUGUCAUCGGAACCAUCCCACUGCAUCCGUUUGGGAGCCGCACGUCCAGUGUCAGCAGCCAGUACAGCGUCAGCCUGGACUGGCUGAGCACCAUCCCGGAGCAGCCAGAGGCUCCUCCCGAAUACUCGGCAGUGGUGUCCAGCCCCGAGGCCGAGCAGAGCCUGGCUCCCCCGUGCCGCAGUGAGCUUGGUGGCAUGCUGGAAGGUCCCUUCUUUGCCUACAUCCAGGAGUUCCGCUUCCGACCACCUCCACUGUAUUCAGAGAUUGAUCCAAACCCCUCCUCAGACAACAUCCGCCCGCGCUGCAUGACCUGUUGAGAGAAGCGCAUCGGAUGCAGUUGACAGCGUAGUGAUCCCUUGGGAUGAAAGCUUCCACCCUCACAGCACUUGGGUCUGGAAAUGGAGACACGGUGGCUGUGAGCCCAGAGCUCCUGCAGUGCCAGGAGACCCCGGCUCCAUUGCUGCCCUCAACUCUCUUGUUGGGACUGUCCUGCAGACCAACACCAAGCGUGGUGGCGUGGGCUCGUGCCUGGUAGGAGAACACGGGAGACUCUGGUGUGGAGCAGGGCCCUGUGUGCUUGGGCAGGACACGGAGGGUUAAUGACUGCCCCAGGAUUUGGGGGCUAAAAUGGGAUGUUCAGCAUGAGCCAGGAUUGCUCUCCCCUUGCCUGCAGUGGCCAUGCUCUGGCAACUCCUGUCAUGGAACGCAGGAGCUUGGAGGUGUUUCUCAGGAUCACUAGAGAAUGUUUUACUGGGGCUUGGGUUUGUCCCGUGCUGGUGCAGGUGAAGCCCUGCUCCUGCAGUAGCUCACCAGGACUGCAGUUCCCUAAGGAAGUAGAAGGCCUCUUUCUGGCCAAAUGAAGCAUCAUCUGCUGCUGCUGAUCUUUGCCAUGAGCCUGGUGAUGCCUGCGGGGGGAAUGGUUUUGGAGAACCCCAUGAAAUUGGAAAGGCUUCCACGGGCUGUUACCAG